AUGGACCCGUUGUCUGCUAAUCCUCGCAAGGUUUUUGUCGGAAACUUACCACCGGGCUAUGCUGAACAGGAUUUAAAAGAUUUUUUUUCAAAAGUUGGUGAAAUAAAGAAAUUGGAGCUCAAACAAAGAUUUUGUUUUAUUGAAUAUGAAGAUGAGACACAAGCAGAAGCAGCUCAUCGUGAAUUGGAUGGGGUUGAAUUCGGAGGGCAGGUUAUAGCUGUUCAGCCUCAUGAUCCAAUGGUUAGAAAUAAAGAGACUAAUGUUGCUAACAAACCUCAAUAUAAUCGGCCCUUGCCUUCUGAUGGCCGGGGUCCUCCUAGAAAACAUUUUCGUGUAUGCGUUUUCAACCUGGAUGAUAACGCUUCGUGGAGAGAUCUCAAGGACUAUGGCAGGCAAAUAGGCGAAGUAAAUUAUUCAGCAGUUUUCCAUUAUCAAGGACAGAAAGUUGGAGUUGUGGAGUAUCUAACUGUCGAGGAGAUGAAGAGAGCAUUAGAAGAAAUACCAAAUCUUCCGUUUUUGGGAAAGUCGAUCCGUGUUGAGGAAGAUGUUGGUCAACUAGAUCGUGAACUUGCAGCCGCAAAUGGAUAUGGCACGAAGAGAAGGUCCCCACCUCCGUUCACAUCAGGGCCCUAUAGUACAGGAGGUAGAGUUCGUGGAAGAUACCCUUCACCACCAAGGUUUAGAGUGCGCAGUAGGUCUCCCAGACGCGAUCCAUAUGACCGACGUGAGCGCUCCCAUCACUACCCUGAUGACCGUUAUCGUCGAGGGUAUGAUGACCGUAUUCCACCACCAAGGGAAGAUUAUUAUAGGAGAGAUGAAAUAAGAGGUGGAUAUCCAGCAGAGAGAUACCCUCCACCUCCGUAUGAUGACCCUAGAGAAAGAUACAUGCAUGGGUCUGAGCGUUUUGAUGACAGGUAUCCAGGAAGAACUGUUCCAUUUGACAGGAGGAGCCCAUCCAGAAGUGGAGUAGGAGUUGGGCCUAUUGGUGGAAAUAGUGGUAUGAAUGUACAAAGAAGUGGUCAUUAUGGAAACUCUGUUAGAGGCUAUUACAGGGAUGAUGACCGUGAUCGUGAACGCGAUCGAGACCGUGAUAGAGAGCGUGACCGUAGAUCUACAAACGAUCAAUACUCUAGCUCUUAUUAUUUAAGAGAUGAUAGGGAUCCACCAGGUUCUAGACCGUCAGGUGGAUAUUUAUCUAGUGGAGUUCCAGCCGGUAACCGUCAAAACGUUGCAUAUUAA